GAGGUCUCUCUACCGUCCAUAUACUAGAAGUGUGUUGCUUGGACGAUAUCUUUAUAUACAAGAAAAAGAAACAGGAGAAGGUAGAACACAGCCGAAGUAUAAAUAAAAUUUCCAAUACAAAAAAUUUGAGCGGAAAGAAUUGAAAAAAAAAAUGUCACAUGCAUUAAAAAAAUCGGAUUUUAAUUUAAUAUGUCGAACCUGUUUAUCACAUAAAUCAGAAAUGCUCUCUAUAAAAUCAUUAGAACAAUUAAAAAUUGUUUUAAUUAAAUAUAUUGGGUUAAAACUGGAAGAAACUAUGAACACCCUGCCAAAUUUAAUUUGUAUGGAUUGCAAAGAAGAUUUAGAGAAAUUUAUACAAUUUAAAGAUCAAUGCAUUAAUUCUGAAACAGUAUUACUAAAAAUCUUGGAUACCGAUGAAACUAUUUAUGAAGAAACAACUGCAGUUAAGGAAGAAUUUGAUAAUUUAAGUAUUUAUGGAGAAAAAAUUAAUAAACAGGAUGUAAAAGAUGAAUUUGAUAAUUCAAAUAAAAACUGUUUGAAUGAUAUUGACAAUAAUCGAAUUUCAUCACAAGAAAAUAUUGAUAAUUUUAGUGAUACUGAUAGUGAUGAAAAUUUUGAUAAUGAGGAUAUAAAGAUUGGUGAUCAAUUAUUUUUAUUUGAUAAAGAUAUUAAAAAUAAACAAUGUGGAAGUCCACCAUUGACGGAUAAGGAAAAUAAUGAUUUAAUUACGUGUAAAUAUUGUAAUAAACGAAUUCGUCAUAAUACGAUCAAAGGUCAUAUGCGUCGACACAUCCAACCAAAAAAACACAAAUGCGAUCAAUGUUCAAAAGCGUAUCGAGAACCCAACGAACUAGCCAAACAUUGUAUACGUGUCCAUAACCAUAAGGAAACCGUUCAGUGUAAAGUCUGCAACGAAGUAUUCUCAAUACAAGCUCAAUUAGAUUUUCAUAUGAAACGUCAUUUUAAAAAGAAAAGCGUAUGUGAUACAUGUGGAAAAGAAUUCUUUAAUAUUGCAAAAUUAAAACGGCAUAAACAAUCGCAUGAAACUCGUGAAAAAACCAUAUUUUGCUUAUUGUGUGAUCGUAUGUUUGCACGCCACAGUACGUUAAUGAUUCACAACAAAAAAUAUCAUUCGGGUAAACCGUUAAUGAAGAAAAUUUGUAAUAUUUGUGGGAAAUCGGUGCUAAAUAUUAAAACACAUACUUUACAAAAACACUCGACAGAACGUCCUUUUAAGUGUACACUUUGUUCAAAAUCUUACGUAAUUAAAUCUCAAUUAUACAAUCAUAUUAAAAGUCAACAUGAUAAUGAUGUGGGAGGCGAUGAUAAAAAAUUCACUGUAUUAUGUAGUACCUGCGGAAAAUGUUGUAGAUCAAAUGCGGAUUUAAAGGUUCAUAUGAUCUCACAUACAAAUGAGCAAUUAUUUCAAUGUCAUAUUUGUGAGAAGAAAUAUAAAUCGGCGCAAGGUUUAAAAUGUCAUAUUAAUAAGCAUAAUAAUUUACGACCGUAUUCUUGUACUCACUGCCCAAAAGCAUUUUAUACGAGUCAAAUAUUAAAGAACCAUUUAAGGACGCAUACAGGAGAAAGGCCCUACGAAUGUCAAUUAUGUGGACGGGCAUUUUCACAAAGUUGUGCGUUGAAAACGCAUAUGAAAAUUCAUGGCGCAUAAAAAAUUUGAAUUGAUCGAUUUUGCGAGGUCUUUAUGUAAAUUAUUUAUGCCCAUGUAGAGCCAUAAAUAGAUUUCAAGCAUUUUCGGAAGAACGUGCUAAUAUGUUUAUUAUAAAAUAGUCAGCUUCUGUUUUAAAUAUUGUUUUUAAAACAAUAUUUACUUUCAAUAGAUUGUCAGUCAGCUGUUGACAGAAAAAAUAAUUUUUUACAGACUGCCAAUGAUAGAUAGGCAAUGCAAAUAAAAUCCAUAAAAAAUGUUUUGAGGAAUUAAUUUUCAGUAAACUGGAAAUCGUUUUAGUACGUUCAUUUGGUCCUAAAUGCGUGUAAUUCGAGAUUACGCAAUCCCAGGAGGUGUGCAUAACUUUAGGGAGCCAAAUAACCGCGAAACGUUUGCUCUUUUUUCAGUUUCUUGAUUGCAGCACAAAAACGGUACGUCAGACCGAAAAUGUCAUUCCAUUUAAUAAUAAAGAGGAUCAAAUUCUGUGUAUAUUAAACAUCUCGUAAUCAAAGAUUAAAAAUCGGGAAAAUUUCUCAUUUAAGUGGAAAGAUUUAAUUAAAAAUGUUUUUCAUACUUUUCUGGAAAUUAAUUCUUCGGAAAUUUUUUGUUUCAUUGGCUUAAGAAGACAUGUACAGGCUGUGCAUAUACAGCUCCCGUUGUAUUCCAUCUAGUACCGAGUAUUCAAACGUUACUCGCGAAUUCGUUACUCGUUACUCAAAUUUUUUAUUCAUUAUAUUACACUUACAAUAUAAAGGAAGAUGUGAGAUGUUUAUUGUUUGUAUAUGUUU